AUGGAUGCUGCGGAGUUGAUCAGGCAGGCACAAAGCUCAGUUGACCAUGCGCGGCAAAUUAGUUCACUUAUUGAAACCAGUGAUAAGAACGAUGAUAGUUCCCCUCGAAUCGCUUACACAUUGACUGCAUGCUGUCGAUGUCGCCAGGCUCGUAAUUUUCGAUGCCCGAUCGGGGAAAACAUUCGAGCAUUAGAAAAUAAACUUCGGGAGUAUACCGAAAAUGAAACUCAGUCUACAAAUACAGAAGACAUAGUACGACCCGGCGGCUUCGUUCGUUUAAGUUCAGAUGACGAGACACCACGAUUCUUGGGCCCGUCAAGUGGUAUCACAAUGACACGACUUGUAAUGGAAGAGGCAAAGAAAUACACAGAUUCGAGGACGAUACGAGAACUUGUUCCUGGGAUUCGUGAUCGUCGAAGUUUUCCGUCAGCUUGUUCACCGGGAAGAAAGAAAUCGUACCCUUUAAUUAGUGCUUUAGCUGCGCAAACACUACCAAGUUUAUUAGUUACGGAAAAACUUGUUGAAAUAGCUCAAUACUUUACACCAACUUUACAUGAACCAAGUUUGAAGAAAGACAUGCGAGAAGUUCACAAUGGUAGUACUGAUGCAUACAAGAACUUUGUGAUUCGCAUGGUUCUCGCCAUUUCAUUACAGAAACUAGAUCUGAGUUACGCCGGCUUAGCGGACAGCUAUUACUUAUCUGCCAUGGAGUAUAUGGAGGAAGUAGUUCGUCAAAAAGACCUUAAGACUCUUCAAUGCUUAGUAUUAGUUGCUCAAUAUUCCCUCCUGACUCCAACUCAAACUCCGAUUUAUUUCAUAGUCGGACUAGCAACACGACUAUGUCAACAGCUUGGCUUGAACGAAGAAAAAACAGUCGGACAAGGUGUGGCACUUAGUCAGAUUGAUCCAAUUCAACUUGACAUGCGCCGAAGACUAUCUUGGAUAAUUCUUUCAAUGGAAUUCGGAUUAGCACAUUCAAUGGGGCGGCCGAAUGCCUUUGCGUGUGGGCAAAAUAAGAUUGAUGUUAGAUUCUUCGAGCCUAGAGAUGACGAAUAUAUAACAUCUAAUGGCAUUCUUCCAGGCCCAAUUUCUGAGAAAAAGACAGUAGCCAUCCAUUUCAUGCGAAUGAGACUUCUUCAAGCUGAGAUAAGGCGGGUCCUUUAUCAAACGAAGCGGCCAGAACCACAGAACGAAGAUCAUCAAUGGUUCAAGAGUAUUCAACAAAAAAUGAAAGAGUGGGUCGAUGCUUCUCCCCAAAGUCCAAGUUGGAGUAAACAGUGGUUUUUCGGACGUUAUCAGACCAUGAUAUUGAUGCUAUUCCGACCAUCACCCCAGGUCCCACAGCCCAUGCCUCGUUCAGCCAUUAUGUGCUACAACGCUGCAUCGUUCAACGUUAAAAGCCUUAACAAACAGAUAAAGACUGCUAUGGUAGAUAUCACUUGGAUAUUUGUAUUGACCCUUUAUCAGGCGCUCAACAUCCUUCUAUGGACAACCUCCUAUCCCGAAAUUCGAGCAUUGCACUCGAAAGAGGAGUUGGAAGAAGAUAUUCAAAUUGCAAUCGAAGCUAUUCUCAUGUGUCGCGAAAGAUGGCCCGAGACUGAUUCUACUGCCCAACUUUACGCUAAGAUCGGGGAAGCAUGCUUGAGAAGCUAUGAUUAUCAAGAAACACCGAAUUCACCACCAGCUUACUUCCACGACGACAAGUCACAAAGCUCAAGCUCUCCAAUAUCAGUAGAUGAGAUAAACUCUCCCAAAGUAUUGGAUCACCAGUAUUGCCUUGCUAUUUCUCAGCCCCUCUCUGCGAACAACUUGGGUUCAUCGAAUAUGAAUGACAACUGUUUCGACCAAAAUCUAGAUUAUAAAUUUCCGAAAAGAAAUGAGAAUAAAUUGAUUACUAAUCAACCAAGUAAUUAUCCUGAUACAAAAUUUGAACCUCCACAUAAGCAUAUAGGUAGUUUGCUAGAAUACCCGACUCUCAACAAAUUGCAGUCGCAGAAUUUCACUGAUGCAAACUUCAUGAUAACUAAACCCCAUUCCUUGGAACAUGAGUUUCAACGUGCAGCUCUCUUUGAUUCGAAUUACUCACUACAUGCCACAACACACUCAUUAGGGAGCAGCAUGAACGUUGACCCAGACUUUGACAUAAGGAUGAGGAUGGAAAGCCUCAGUCAUCAGCAGCAGAUAGAAUUGAUGCAGAAUUUGGAGGUAAAUGGUCUUCAUGAAAUCAAUAAUCUGAUAAACCCUUGCACCACGUUUAAUGAAAUUGUCAAGACCAGUUAA